AUGCCGUCCCUUGGCUUGAUAGACCCUCGGGGCGUAGGCAGCCUGCUCUUCUUGGCUGCCUCCUUGAUUGGCCUCGUCCAUGCGAUCAAUGUUGACAUCUGUGCAAACAUCAACACCGCCGAUAUGAAGAGGAACCUCAGCGUGUACCAGUCAAAUGGUCUUUGUCACGAUUUCUGCACACCACAGGGCUACGUCUAUGCUAUCACACAAUCCAACAGCUGCUGGUGCUCCAACUACACGCCCGCAAAGCUUGACCAGGUAGACAGUUCCAAGUGCAGCGGCUCCUGCCCUGGCUACCCAGAUGAAAAGUGUGGUGGUGUCGGUUUGUACGGCUAUCUGUUCCUCAACAUUGGUCAGCCUUCCGGCACCAAGGGAGCAGAAUCUACUUCUACAACCGAGUCGACUGACACGACGUCCAAGCCGACUUCGGCUGUAUCUAAAUUUACGGCGGACGGUACAGUCAAGACUGUCACAAUAGUACCUUCAGCAACUGGCCAGAACUUUGGCGCUGGCCAGAAUGCCUCGACCCAGGACAGCGGCUUGAAGACUGGUGGCAUCGUUGGAAUCGUCGUUGGACUUGUCGGGGGAAUUUUAGCCCUGGCUGGUUUCCUGAUAUUCUUCUACUUGCGACGAAAGAAGCAACAGCAGGAAAACGACUAUCAAGACGACCCAAGCAUCCGCGGCAGCUCCUCAGGCAUGCUGGGCUCUGGCCGUCCGGAAAUGUCGCGUGCCCCAGGCUCCCCGGGUAGUACCGGCAACAGGAGCAGCACCUUGCAAGUUGAUCCUCGAAUGGAUCCUUUCCAGCAGAGUCUGUACGCCCGCAACGGCAGCCGCGAGAGUGUCAACACACUUCGAGAUGACCAUGACUACUCAAGGAGAAUUCAGCAACCGAAAGUCUUGAGAACUACAAAUCCCGAUCCCGAAUAG